AAAACAAGUCACCCCUGCCACCGAACAGCUGUUUUUUGCCCCACUGCCCAAAAGCGCUUGUGUUCCAAAUUUUACGUAAUUCGUAUAUUUUGUAUUUUAAAGCCGAAUAUUGCAAGCAGUCGCCGCAGCCGCCUAGCGAAAAUGUCGGCCCUCCGCCAAGUGAUGUGCAGAGGCAGCGCCUCGCUGCAGCUUUAUCAGGCCAACAAACUGGUGGCCGCCCGCUGGGCUUCGGCCUCCUCAACCUCGCCAGACGGCGGCCCGCUGGACCCUAAGUUGGCCUUGGCCCGCCCCGAGGAGCUGGAGCAGCGCAACAAGCUGAGCGGCAAGAUCUCCGUGCCCACGGCCGUCAAUCUGGGCCCCAUAACCGGUGUGCCCGAGGAGCACCUGAAGGAGAGACGCGUCCGCAUCCACAUACCGCCCAAGAACGCCAUGCAGAGCGGCACGGACAACAUCAAUACCUGGCAGAUCGAGUUCGACAACCGCGAACGCUGGGAGAAUCCCCUCAUGGGCUGGGCAUCCACUGGCGAUCCGCUGUCCAACAUGAACGUGCAGUUCGGCUCCCAGGAGGAGGCCAUCAAUUACUGCGAACGCAAUGGCUGGCGCUGGUAUGUCGAUGGCGGCGAGAAGCCCAAGAAGGAGCGCGUCAAGAACUACGGCAUCAACUUUUCCUGGAACAAGCGCACGCGCGUCUCCACCAAGUAGAAAAUUACCACUUUUUUUUUUGCUGUUCUCCUUGCUUUGUUCACUUAUCUAAAUACUGAAUAACCGAAUUAAAUAGUCGAGUGCAGCAGGCUGGGAAGCAGGCUAAUGACCUCCAGUUGCGGUUUGACUAGGAAUUAA